UUCAAGGUGUACUCCACACCAGAGGACACAGUUUCUCUCAUUGAUCGACACGGAACCUCACGGCCAGUUUGCUAUAAACCAAGGCCGGGCUGGCUGCAUACCCCAACCAGCUUAUAAAAGGCUGCUUGAGUGAGCGUCUCUGUGAGUCAAGAGAAAGUGGUUAUAGUGAAUCUACACCAAUCAGAGGCGCGCUUUGAUUGUUACUUGUUACAGUGGAGUUUGACUUUUAUUGUAUUGCUCCAUGGUUUGACCCACCAGAUUGUUAAGCCUGUUUCGUUGAAUCCUUUCUCUAUACCUGUUGGAGUUUUCUGGGUUUUUUUUUUUCCUCUCACUUCAGAAUCCAGUGGUGUGUGACUGAGGGAGGCGAUAUUGGGUUUGGAGGAUUCUUCACGUUCCAUCUAUAGUCCCCUUUGGAAACUGGAAGAUCAAUACAGAUGACAAAGCGCCCCCUGCAUGCUGCUUCUGAAUAGUGGAUUAGUGGAAAGCCCGACAUCCUGGGUUUAACUUUAAGAACAUUCCUCCACCCAGCCCACUCAGCGGAGGGACAGGCUUCUUCGAUCUGGUGCUUAUUACUGAGGCACACGCGGCACACUAGUACUGUACUAUUUUGGUGUUUUUUUUGGACGAGAUGCAUAUCUAUACGUUUCUAGCGGUGUUCGGCUUCUUCGCGUUUGUAUGUCAAGGAGCUGACAUCGGUGCCUUGAGGGCUCGUUACAACGCACAGAAGUGGAGACACAACUACCCGUCCACCAGCCGGGUAGCUUUCUGCCGAUAUGGACAGUAUCGUCGUCGAGAAUGUUGUUAUGGUUGGAGAUACCAGUCCACCAGUCAAUGCGCACCAAUUUGCGAAGAUGGAUGUAUUCACGGGAAAUGCGUUGGACCCAAUCGAUGUGAAUGCGACAAGGGCUGGACGGGAGCAACUUGUGAUCGUGAUUACAACGAGUGUAGCACAAAGCCAUGCUCUCAUAGGUGUGUGAACAAUGUCGGCAGCUUCCGCUGUUUCUGCCCAACUGGUCAUCUUCUCCAAGAAGACAAGGUCACGUGUGUUUGGGAUUACAGGUGUCACCCGGACAGAUGCGCCUACGGCUGUGAACAAGUCGGUUACCAGUUCAGAUGUCUCUGCCCUGACGGAUUAAAAGUAUCGAAAAAUGGAUUCCAUUGUGAAGAUAUUGACGAGUGUUCGGAAGGUUUGAUAAAGUGUCCCUCUGAUCAGAGAUGCCACAAUACAUACGGUAACUACAUGUGCAUGUGCAAGGAAGGCUUUGCUUUCCAACUGAUAAACCGUCGUCUUAUAUGCAAAGAACGGGAUCUGUGCGUAGCGCAGGGUUUGUUCUGUGAUGAAAACGCCCACUGCGAAGAAGGUGGAGUCCAGGCAAAAUGCGUCUGCAACGAAGGCUACGUCGGUGAUGGCAUUACGUGUAGAACAGUUGCGAAGCGUACCUGUGCGGACAGGCCCUGCUUUCCCGGGGUUGUGUGCACGAACAUCCGGCUAAACCUGGACGAAAUCGACCUGAAUUCUGGUGCCCCUAUCAAACUGUUCCGGUGUGGACCUUGCCCUCUUGGGUACACCGGUGAUGGGGUUAGGUGUCGGGAUAUCAACGAAUGCCUAACUGGGAACUACGAGUGUCACCAGAAUGCAACCUGCAUCAACACAGUGGGGUCUUACGAAUGCCAAUGCAACCAAGGUUUUGUAGGAGACGGCAAAAGAUGCGUACCAAUAGACCGUACAGUCUGUGCCGACACUCCUUGCUUUGACGGUGUACGAUGCUUCGAUAUCCCAUUGAAUCUAAACAACAUCGAUCUCGACUCGGCCACCAUCGUUAAGCUCUACCGAUGUGGAAGCUGCCCCGCUGGGUUCGAGGGUGACGGCAAAACGUGCACGGAUAAGAACGAGUGUGAAGAUAACCGACAGAGAUGCAACAUCAAUGCAGACUGCAUCAAUACUCCAGGCAGCUAUAAAUGCAAAUGUAAAGAAGGAUUCGCUGGAGACGGUCUUGUCUGCGUGCCACUCGACCCACGUACAUGCGCAGAGCAGCCCUGCUUCAUAGGUGUAGAUUGUGAGGACAUUCCACUGCAGAGGAUUCUGAACUCUCCAAACUGGAGACAGCUUGACGUCAUCGAGUUGUUCAGGUGUGGAAACUGCCCAACAGGGUACCAGGGAGACGGUGAUACAUGUGCAGAUAUUAACGAAUGUGUACGUGGACUUGACAACUGCCAUGCAGAUGCGACAUGUAUCAACACACCGGGGAGCUAUCGAUGCGUUUGUAAUGACGGCUUCGCUGGUAAUGGUGUCCUGUGUGUACCAGUUGAUCCAAGAACUUGUGCUGACCAACCCUGCUUCGGAGGCCGAGUACAAUGCCAGGAUCUUCAGCUUGGGGUUGUUGUACGUAACACUGAUCUAGCUACUGCCACCCUCAUCAAGCUCUUCCGGUGCGGGGCCUGUCCCGCUGGCUACUACGGAAACGGAGAGGUCUGCCAGGAUAUCGACGAGUGUGCUCUGAAUCUCUUUGAAUGUCACGAGAGAGCGACUUGUGUGAAUACAGACGGAGGCUACGAGUGCAUUUGCGACCCGGGUUACGCUGGAGAUGGCAAACGAUGCAGAGAGAUUGACCCAACAAGGUGUGCAGACAGGCCCUGUUUCGAUGGAGUACUCUGCACAGACCUGCCCCUGGUCAUUGAUACUCUUGACUUAGACAUCACUGAUGUUAUCAAACUGUACAAGUGUGGUACCUGCCCACCAGGUUAUCGCGGGGAUGGUGAAAUCUGCAUCGAUAUUGACGAAUGUUUGGAGGGACUGUUUUUCUGUGUUGAGAACUCCACGUGCCAGAAUCUACCGGGUACCUACGACUGUGUUUGCAACGAGGGCUUCUUUGGGGACGGCGUCACAUGCGUGCCUCUCGAUCCUCGCACCUGUGCCGAUCAGCCGUGUUUCGAGGGUGUCGAAUGUACAGUAGUUGACCCUUACACUCUCGAAUGGAAAACUAUGGAGAUUGUGAGGAGAUUCGCAUGCGGCGAUUGCCCGGAAGGAUUCACUGGAGAUGGAGAAGUCUGCAAAAAAAUCCCACCACUCAUCGUGAUUCCCGACAACGUCACAAUGACCGUCGUGGUGAUCGACCCCACCCCACUAUCCCAGGAUAGAUCGCUCGUCCCCGAUGCCACCGUCACGGCUUACGUCGCGGAUGAGAGUACCGGAACACAGAGAUACGCAUCCGCCACUACCAACUACAGCGGUUUCACCAAGCUUGCCGUACCGCACAACGAGUCGGUCGUCAUUACUGUGAGCCAUGAUAACUUCUUGACCAAGUCGCAAACGUUCAAAGCACACCUAGUAAAGAAUAACACUUUGACCGUCGAGGUCUUCAAAUUCUCUGAGCUGACUGAAUUCCUGUGGACACCAGCGACCAGCCGUGCCCUUGAAUUCGGAGACUUACUGAGGCUUGAAAUUCCAAAAGGUGGUCUGGCAGUGCGAAGCGGAGAGAGAGUAACAAUCGAGUGUCGUCCCCUCAAUAUGUCCCUCAUCCAAGGACCCUCAGAAGGGCCAGAAUUAAUAGCUGGAAUACGCAACGAUGCUACAGGUGAGAUUGAGCUGACUGGGAUCGAGGUUUUCGGAAUGACAGAACUGAAGUGUCUCGUACCCAAAAGGUCGAGACAAAACCCCACGAAGAAGAUCAGUAAACCCGCCAGAGACACCCAGCCGUUUACCAUCUCAAUGCCGGUCAUUGACCUCGUUGAUGACCCAGAGACUCCACUGUAUGCUUGGCGUUACCAUGACGAAAAGGGCUACUGGGUGCUCGAGGGUGAGAUCUCCGGAGUUACUGGCACAACGGGUGACGAGAGUGCCCCAGCCAUUGCCAACGACGAGCAGGUGACUCGUCUCAUGUGGCAAUACUUCGCCAGGAACUUUACCUACUCGUGGUGGGCAUUCGGCAAGGCGUGGGAUGCUUCCAGCUGCGUGACGGCGAGAGUGUGCUACGAUUUGGCCUGUAGAUUCCCAGUAGACAAUGCGCUGAUCGAGCUUUACGGAGUAGACUUCCGUUACACCGUUUCACGUUACACGGGAGUUGACGGCAUCGUGAGCUUCCAGUACAAGACCGGCGGGCAGAUCGUGCUCAGAGCCCCCUGCAUCAAAAAACAGAUUGAGGUUCCAUUUUCAGCGCAGUAUCGUCCGUCUACAUGUCCGGCUGGUGGAGAUGAGGGCAUCCUAACGCCGAGAAAGGGCGUAGCUGUUGACACAGCACUAGUAACUUUCAUAUUCACCGACGAUAGCACACCAGAUCGCAUAUCACGAGAAACUUGCGGCCAUCCCGGAGAGGUGCCCGGUGCUCAAAUAUUUGGAGACAACUUUUCUCAUGGAAACGAGGUGAUAUACCAAUGUGAUGACCCGGACGCUUUCCUCCAAAGUAGCACCAGGGUGUGCCUGAAGUGUGGGGAGUGGAGCGGCGAUACCCCGUCUUGCUUCGACAGUGGCGUCUCGGACUUCUACUCAUUUCGUUGAUUGAGUCAGAUCGCUGAUAAAUACAAAUACAACAAUGUUGAUCAAACAAAACAGAAACUCAACUUAUUUAAUUGCUUAAUUUGUUCGUUAAAGUUUUUAUCGUGCUAUUGUGUUUUAUGCGUGACAAUUUGUGCACAAUUUCGUUGAAAACAAAAUCACAAAAAUUGUUGUGUAGUCGUUUCGUUGCCCCCUUUUCGGCGAAGUGAAACGGAUUUGUGUAUAGAAGGUAUGUUUAAACGAUACUUGUUAUUGUCAUAAAUAUUUUGGUCCAGGCUUUAGACUUGUUUGACAGUUGUCUUUCUUGUGUAUUUGCAUUGAAAUAUUAUUGUUAUGUAAUACGUAUAAAAUGUUAUUGCACUGUCUUUAAAGCUUCAGCUUUUUUUGAAUUUUAAUUCAGCUAUACAAAUAGUCUUGUUAUAACUAUAUGUAUAGUGUAAGUUGACGAGGGUGGUCAUGCUAAUUAUCUGAUGAACAAAAAGGUCAAUGCUGCCACAUUUUUUUAGAACAUAAAAGGCAAUCAUGUACGUAUUUUACUGACAGGGAAUCAACACUUUAAAAGAUAGGCCUAUUUUAUUUAAACCUAAAGACGAAGAAGAAGAAGAAGAAGAAAUUUUUCGAUUUGGGAAAUGUUAGGUCUGUAUGUAAUGUUAUUAUUAUUAUAAAAAUUAAUGUCCUUUAAAAAUAAGUUUUAACCAGUAAACAUUUUAUACACUUUUUAAUGAGCUGUAUACAAAGAACAUUUUUGUUACGCAAAAUGUAAACAUAAAUCAAUGUUUUUAUUGUCAAGCACAAAACAGCUUGCUAAACCUCGUUCACAUGGACAGUACACAGUAUCUUUAGUAAGAAAUGCUACACAUAGAUUCGGCAGCGUGAUCGUACACUAAACGAGGUUUACUGUUGUAUUAUUUGAAACCCAACACAUAGUGGUGCUUAUAAACUAAUUAUUACUAAGUCAUUUGAAUUUUAAAAAUAUUAGACUAGGCAUAAUAAUAGAGUUGUAAAAAUGUACAAUACACACUAACUGUUAGAUUGAGUUAAGUAACCAUUAUAAAACAUAAGAUAACAACAAAAAUAUCAAUAGAAGACUUUGGAACGCUAGGUGGCAGCAGACUUACCAGGUAAAUGUCCAUUGUUA